UGCAACGGGGAGAGGCGGCUCGAUCGGCCUAGACUCCGGUUGCCGGUCCCUUAGAACUCCGUGCCGGUCCCGAGACUGCGGACCACGCCCGGACUGGGUCAGGCCCCGGCUCCCGUGGAGGUCGGAGGAAAACCGUUUCUGUGGUCGGUGGUGCCUUUGCGAAAACCGGGCCCUGUGCCUGUGUGAGGGCGGCUUCUGAGGACGGCUUCUCGGUAAACCCGGCCUUUCCAGGCACGGACACCUUUCCCUCGGGGUGCUGCUGGCACACAGGCACGGUAACUGGGAAUAAGGGGCUUGAACCUGCCCGGUUCCAGGAAGAGUGUUUGCUCAGUUCGCGGGAGGGGUGAGGCCUUCCCCAAACAAGAACUUCCUAAUGAACCUCGGUGGCUUCUAACCCGUGCCGCGGUGGUUUCAUGUCCUGUUUUUCACCCGGACGAACGGUGGCUUGAUCGGGUGUUGAAGGAGCCACUCAGUUGGACCCCCGCCCUCGGUUUUUCAGCCGCGUCGUCCUCUCCCUUGCAUUCUCCCCCCCUCCACACACACACACACACACACACACACACUUUCUCCCCCUCCCUUCUUCCCCUUCCCCCUCACCCCCAGGAGUCAAAGACCCAGGCUACCUUAGAACGAUGAUAAUGGGGGAGCGUGGGUGACUGGAGACAUCUGUUUAUCCUCCUUUAUUAAAAGCAAGCAAAGUACUGCAGUUGUUUUUCUAAUUUUCAGUUCUCCCGGGCCCUCGCCAUUCCUGAGGGGCAGCCCAACUCCUCGGAGCUGUCUCUUUUCCUCCCCCUCAGGGCUUGGCUCAGGCCUGGAUUCUUCCUAUCUGAUUAAAACCGUUCCAAGCUUGAACACCAGGGCUGCCUGGGCAGAGCUCCAUGUGGCUUUCAGAAACCUCUGUGCCAACUGAUGCGCUCUUCCCAGAUGCCAGGUGGCUUGCAGUUCCACCAGUCCUAAGCCGCGGUGUAAACGUCUGGUAUCGUCAUCAGAGGGGUCCGGAGAGGCCCGGCGCUGCGGGAUGCACCCCCGGCACCGUGGCCAGUGCCCUGCAGCUCUCUGCGAGAGGGAUGGGGGACGGCAGGAGCCUUUCCCUUGAGACUGAGAACUACAUCCGAGAGGAGAAUGGGCAGCCCAAGAACAGCCCCACUUGGGAGAAGUGAAACAGCCUGGAUACUCUGACUCUGUUAGUCUUUCUUUACUUCGGGGGCUCCCAGACCGUCCGACCCUGUACCCAGUGGGGACGGUGGGGUUGGGUAAGAGGGAGGAGGCACUGCCUCCCUAAAGGUCAAAAUGCCGUAGAACGGCUUUCCGCGGGCUCGAGGUCGGUUUUCCCUUUCCUUAGUAGCGAUGAUAUUGAUUGGGUGCCGUGCACUGAUCUGAAUGCUUGGGAAAGGUACAGCAGAAGCCCCAGACUUGUACCCCGCACUCGAGCGUACACGUGACCCGGUUUGCCGUUUAAUAUAAAAAGAGCGGAUAGUCAUCCACUGGGCGCUUUAUUGGAAAAGUUGAAAGCAACACCCUUUGGGGUGUGAGCUCCAUGUCGCAGGUGGAGGCUGAGACCCGUUCUUGCCGCGGCGCCCCUCCCUCAACCUCGCCCCCUCCCACCGGCCCAGAAGGUCUGAGAGCUUCCAGAGCACUGUUGGACUGCUUGGGGUCCCCAAAAGUCAGCUCCUCUCUAUCCCCAGGCACUGCCUCAGACUUGAAGAUUCUGGAAGCCCACCAUCUCCUGCUGGGAUUUUUAGGCCCUUUUCAUGAGCAGCGGUGUUAGGUGAGUGAUUGGGGCCGGAACAGGGGGCCUGUGGCCCACGAGGGGUGGUUAGAGAAGGUGGGGAUGGAGGGAAGAGAAAAGGGCGGUGGGCCCAGCCCGGCCGCCCCGGCUCAGACGGGCCUCCCCGAGGCGUUGCGCCCGGGGCGGAAGCCGAGCAGCCCGGCUGGUUCUCAAUACCUCCCUUUGUUUGGGGAGCUGCCCGGCGGAGGAGGGGCCGGCCCCCGUUACCUGGCGCCUGUUCCGUUCCGGCCCAGUGGCAAGAGGUGCGUGGCGGAGCCUCUGCUUAGAGGUCCCUCAAUGCCGCCUUUCACGGGGGGACCCCACCCCGGCCGGCUCCCUGUCCGAGGUCGGCUUCGCCGGGGGAGGGGCCGAGGAGCGGGAGGGGGAGACGGCCCGGCCCACGUGGCGGCUCCAGCUCGGUAAAUGAGAGGGGUUGAGGGAAUCGCAGCCCAGAGGAGUUCCCCCACCGGCCGAUCGGGAGGGAUCAACCAGCUGGAGCCUGGAGGGGAGCUGCCGGGAACCCAGAAUGGCGGUCAUGUAGGAAAGCAAAUAUGUGAAGAUGGGACUCUUGGUUUUCGUGCGUAAUCUGCUGCUAGCCCUCUGCCUCUUCCUGGUGCUGGGAUUUCUCUAUUAUUCAGCCUGGAAGCUGCACUUACUCAGAUGGGAAGACUCUAAUUCAGUGGUUCUUUCCUUUGACUCCGUUGGACAUACACUAGGCUCAGGAAGGAGAGAGAGAAAAACUGUGACUCUCACGCUCCCGUCGUCCAUCCCAUCGUGCCUUGCUGCAGACUCAGGAAAAGGCAGAAACCCGAAAGACUCCAAAGACCCUGUGGCUGUUCCAGGCCCCGCCCGCCCGAAAUAUGACCGCCUGGGCUUUCUUCUGAAACUCGACUCAAAACUGCCUGCAGAGUUAGCAACAAAGUAUGCAAAUUUUUCUGAAGGAGCUUGCAAACCUGGCUAUGCUUCAGCGCUUAUGACUGCCAUCUUCCCCAAGUUCUCCAAGCCAGCCCCGAUGUUCCUGGAUGAUUCCUUCAGAAAGUGGGCCCGGAUCAGGGAUUUCGUACCACCGUUUGGGAUUAAAGGACAAGAUAACCUGAUCAAAGCCAUCCUGUCGGCAACCAAAGAGUAUCGGCUGACUCUGGCCCUGGAUGGGCUCAGCUGUCGCCGGUGCAUCAUCGUGGGGAACGGCGGCGUGCUCGCCAAUAAGUCACUCGGAGCUAAAAUUGAUGACUACGACGUGGUUGUCAGGCUGAACUCUGCUCCCGUCAAGGGCUUUGAGAAGGAUGUGGGGAGCAAGACCACCUUACGCAUCACCUACCCAGAGGGGGCCAUCCAGAAGCCAGAGCAGUAUGAGAGGGAUUCCCUGUUUGUCCUGGCAGGCUUCAAGUGGCAAGAUUUCAAGUGGUUGAAAUACAUCGUUUACAAGGAGAAAGUGAGCGCCACGGACGGGUUCUGGAAGUCGGUAGCAACCCGCGUCCCGAAAGAACCUCAUGAGAUCCGCAUCCUCAACCCCUACUUCAUCCAAGAGGCAGCUUUCAGCUUCAUCGGACUUCCCUUCAACAACGGCCUGAUGGGAAGAGGGAACAUCCCCACGCUGGGCAGCGUGGCCAUCACCAUGGCUCUGCACAACUGCGACGAGGUGGCCGUUGCCGGCUUCGGCUAUGACAUGAACUCGCCCAACACCCCCCUGCACUACUACGAGGCCAUCAAGAUGUCUGCCAUAAAGGAGUCCUGGACACACAACAUCCAGCGGGAGAAGGAGUUCCUGCGGAAGCUGGUGAAAGCCCACGUGAUCGCUGACCUCACCAGUGGCAUCUGAGGCUGGGCCAGCAGACGGCGCCCCCAUCCCCAUACGCCAAGGGAACGGAGAGGGAGGACCUCCUGCCCGGGCCUGGACCCGGGCCCAAGGAGGAAGGAGAUGGAAUAUGGGCAGCCAAGGGGCUCCGGGCCAGGUGGGACCGAGACCUGCCUGUCUGGAUCGCUUCUGCAGCCUCCGGCGCGGAGGCCCCGUCCCGCCCCUCCCUCCCUACCUCCGGCUCCGGCGGACGUCUGGGUCUGGCCUACCAGGAAUGAACUUGUGAUGAGAUGCUGUCUGGCUGCAGAGGGAAGCAAAGAAGGCAGGAAGGAAGACAAGUGCCAAAACGGUCCCCUCUGGGGCGGAGCGGGGCCCCGAGUUGGUGGCUGUGGCCGCCCCCCCCAAAGGGACUGCCCCACCAGCUUGGGCAUACGGGGGGGGGAGGAGGGCGGGCCCGGGCACAAGCUCUGGGAGCACUGGUGCUGCUAUCGCUUAAAAGCCUUGGGGCUCAGCGGGCUGAGCAGGCCUCAGCUCCUCUCACAGCUCUCGAGAGACCCCCACCCACCGCCGCGUCCCCUGUCCCGCACAGACCAGAGGCCGACCGUUCUCUGCCCCCCAGAGAGCCAGGUGGCUCCCCGCCAAGACCCGGCCUACACCGGAUCUUCCGGGGAGCGCCUGCAGCCGGGUCCCUGGGCAGACGGGCAGGCUUUGGGCCUUACUCCUGCCUGGCAGAGAGCUGAGCUAAACCCAGGCGAGGAGCUUGGGAGAUAGGGCCCAGGGGAUACUGGAUAUGGAUUCUUCCAUCAGUGUGUGUUGUAUUUUAUUUUGUGAGUGGUGGGGGGGGGGCGGGGGGAGGGAUAAUUUAUUUUUGAAAUAAGUGUUAAGAAUGGAAAUUCGAUCAGUGUUUAACGAGGAAUGAAUAAUGACAGUGUUGCCAGCCUGA